ACGGUUUCCUCUUUACGAAAAACUUAAUAUGCAAGAAAGCCCAGCAAGACCGAGGUUAAACAAGGCGCGCGAUCGCAAUAUCAACCUCAAGAAAUACUACGGCAUAGCAGCAGCCUCCGAGAACGCGCCACAGCCAUACAAUAUCGACAAUAAAGACUUUGACAAUGUCAAGUACUUUUCCAGACUUUUAAAGGAACAGCCUCUCGGUGGUCUCAUCAAGAAGGAUAAUGAGCUUAUCAGUGAGAUUCGACAAAUCGAUGGCGACAUGAAGACCCUCGUUUACGAAAACUAUAACAAAUUUAUCAGCGCCACAGAUACCAUACGAAAGAUGAAGUCCAAUGUCGAGGAUAUGGAAUCCGAGACAACCCUGUUGAACGAAAAUAUCAGUAGCAUCACGCAACAGUGUUCGACCAUUAAAGAAGCAUUGGGACCGAAUCGUGAAAAAGUCAAGCAGCUCGGUAAUGUCCACAAUCUCCUCAAGCGCCUACAGUUUAUUUUUGAGUUACCCGAUCGAUUGAAUCGAUGCAUCGCCAAAGACCGCUAUGCGCAGGCGGUUCGUUAUUACGUGCGAGCCAGUGCAUUGCUUAAUCACUACCAACACAUGACUGCUUUUAGUGGAAUCGAGAAAGAUUGUCAUCAGAUCAUGGAAACGGUCAAGACGAAAUUAUGGGAGCAUAUGGGACGCGAGGACGCGACUUCAGACGAGAUUGGUGAAGAUACAAAACUACUGGUUUUGUUAAAGUACGAUAUGCAAACUUUGUGGACCAAAUACAUUACAUUACAAACGGCCCUGUUGAAGAAGAAACAAGAUCAACAUCCGGAACCCGAGAAUAUAGACGAGUUCAUCAAUAUCUACCUUGUGGCGCUGGAAGAUAUCGUGCAAAGAUUUGACAGUUUUUUCCUCUCAACGCCGUCCGACGAGACGAGCGAAAAAGGACACGCGGGUGUGGCACAUCUAGGUUCUGCUGAGAAAAAGGAGGCCAAAGAAGAUCUGCUAAAGGGCAUUCAGGGCUUCAUUGAUCGUUUCUUCGACUUGGUUCAAAGAUUUCUUCAUUUACCUGACGACAUUUUGGAAGUGCCCACCCCUUUGAAGCAAGUCCAAUAUCUGGGUGAACUAUGCAUUGCCAUUACAAAGCAUGGAAAUACCCUGUCUACCGUUGCUGGCAUCGAUAGACGCAUGAAUGAUUUAAGUAAUCAGUGGGAAGGCAAUCUCAUUGAUCGAUUACUGGGCACGGGCGUCAAACUAGUGAAAGAACGCACCGGAGAAUUCUUUGCAAACUUGAGCGACUCAGGUGUACCCAAAGGAAAUUUGGAGAGUGGCGAUGUGGCUGCAUUUACAGUAGACAUUGAUGAGGGAUUCUUACAGCAUUUCAUUGAAAGAUGUAUACGACCAUUACACGAGAGUCUAAACGUGGAUGUCCCAGUAUUUGCGCGUCACAGUCGAUCGCAGUUCUUGGAUCGAUUGCAAAUAGGGGUAAAGACAAUGUGUCUCGACGUUUGCAACGAUAUCACGACAACGUCGACGACACUUUCAAAGAAAAACACCGUGGCUUCUCCUGCACUCAAGUUGAUCGGGUCGCGCUUAUGCUAUGAUUUUGCCGAAUGGGUCGUCGCGCAGAUUUACAGUCAUUUUACACUCUACUUUUUGUCGAGCGAUGGCAUUGAUUCCACCAAAAAUCCCGCCGUUCACGAUAAAACACCCUCCAUCGAUCCCCGAUUCCUGCCUGAUAUGCAUCACAUCAUGGACGAGUUUUUAAAAUCUGGACAAUGGCUGUUAAACGCACAAGUAAUGGAAUGGGUCCACGUUUGGUCAUCCCGUCUUCAAGGGUUUUAUCUUUAUGAAAUUGAUUCGCAUCUUGGCGAUGUUCAGGUCUCGCCUUUAUGGAAGGAAAUCAUGCUUCAUCUCCGAAGCACCGAGCAACUUGUAGAUACCGUCAUGUCACAACCGGAAGCAUCGCCUGGACACGGUCACACACCCGAUACAGAGUAUGACUAUCCAACGGGAUCGAUAUCUUCAGCAACGGGCGGUGAAGGGCCUUAUAUGCGACAUGUUCAGUCAACUCAGAGUUUGGCAAGUUUAUCGUCUGCUGGUGCUGGUACAGCCGAUGCUGGUGGAUUGGGGAUCAUUUCCAACUUUGGAAGCGGAUUAACACUUAAUAUGAUGAACAACAUUGAUAAACUGUUUGCUGACCGGGUGGAUAUCUACCGCCACGUAGAACCGACACCGUCCGGUGUAUGCAGCGCCUUGGUUCGAAUCCUCUUGAAAGCUUUCCAUGAAACCGUCCGCGAGAUGCAGAUGCAUGAGGCAACGUACCAACAGGUUCAGGUGGAUGUGGAAUAUUGUCGACGGACGAUGUGGGGCUAUGUUGGCGACGAAAAGUAAGUUAAUAGGGCAGUUAUCAUCACACCCACUGGAUCUGAAUGCCACUUUCACUAGAUGGGCCAACACCAUACUGCAAGAUAUUAUGACAAGUGCUUACAUGCGAUGCGAGAAUCCUGUGAGCGUGGCUUCUGAGGUAAGAUAUUCACGUCAGUAACGAGUCUAGACGCGUCGGUAGUGGAGUGACACGUUGGUUUAGCGUUUGGAACGUAUUUUAUCAUCACAGUCUCACUGAUCCUCGGCCACUUGCAUUCAUUUAUCCAACCAAUUAUAAAUCCACCGUCCUCUCCCCCUCCAUAAUUCUCUUCCGUAUAUCCAAUUUGUUCGAUCAUUAUGUAUCAUUUAGCCUUUUAUCAGUUUUCAAUCCUAAUGUUUUGCUGCUGCAAAUCAAUAGAAGAUGCUGUUGACCAGCUUCUGUAAAUAUCAGAUGCAGUCACUAAAGCGAAAGAGAC